GCGGGGCUAGAGAGGCUCCCGGAGCAGACAAUGGAAGUCCCGGACCGCUAGCUGGGGAAGUGUCCAUGUGAUCGGUGCGGGUGGCCGGCGGGGACUCCCGCGGGUUAUGUCAGUGUGUACAUCAUGGAGCCCGUGCAGCAGCAGUCCUCGCCCCCAGUGCUGUGCUCCGUUGUGUCCGUGAAAAGUCACAGCUGCGAGGUGACCCUGGACCCCGGCCGGGCGCUGCUGUCCUGGAGAGAAGUGAGGCCCCGGCUGGGAAGGGGCAGCAGCCGAGCGGGUGCUUGCAUCACACGAGUCCUCCAUAGGGCACAAGGUCUGACAACUCAUCGAUUAUAUGCCGGUGGUCAUACUGUCCCUAUAUCUGAGAUUGUUUCGGUUGGAGAAGCUGAGAUUGAUGAGAAGUACUACCAAGGCAUGCAGUGGAAACACAUGUGCAAACCUCAUGCGUUUACAGUGCACUAUGUGCAGAGAAUGAAGAAGCACCGCUGGCGGUGCAAAGCCGUGACAUUCUGGUGCAGUGAUGAACUUUUGUGUUGCCACUGGUUACAAGCACUUAAUGAUCUACUUAAACAGCAGACAUGGAGACCUAAGCGUUUACUAGUCUAUAUAAACCCAUACGGUGGAAAGAAGAAAGGAAAACAAAUAUAUGAGACGAAAGUAGCUCCUUUGUUCAGCCUUGCCUCCAUAUCUACAGAGGUCAUAGUGACAGAAUAUGCAAACCAUGCUAGAGAUCACCUUUACGAGGCCAGUCUAGACAAGUAUGAUGGCAUUGUUUGUGUUGGUGGCGAUGGAAUGUUCAGUGAAGUGCUUCAUGGCCUCAUAGGCCGGGUACAAAAGGAUUCUGAUGUGGAUCAUAACAAUCCUAAAGUCCCAUUAUCUCGGUGCAAUAUGAGGAUUGGCAUUAUUCCUGCUGGCUCUACAGACUGUGUAUGCUUUUCAACUGUAGGCAUCAGUGAUCCGGUGACUUCAGCUUUGCACAUCAUUUUAGGGGAUUGUCAGCCGCUAGAUGUAAGCUCUGUUCACCACAAAAAAAUGUUUCUUAAAUACUCAGUGUCACUCUUGGGCUACGGUUUCUAUGGUGAUGUGUUAAAAGGCAGUGAAAAGAAUCGCUGGCUGGGUCCGGCUAGAUACGACUUUUCAGGUUUCAAGACGUUUUUGUCGCACCGUUAUUAUGAAGGAACUGUCUCCUUUCAACCAGCACAGUGGGCUCUGGGAUCUCCAAGGGACAAAAUCUGCUGCACAUCUGGGUGCUACAUUUGCAGGCAAAGUAGCAAGCAUCUGGAGGAGCAACAGAGAGAGAAGAGCGGUGGGUUACUAAACAACGAACAAGAAGAUUGGACAACAAUCAAAGGAAAAUUCAUGGCGAUUAACGCGGCCAGCAUGAGUUGUGCUUGUCCGCGCAGUCCGAGAGGCCUGUCACCAGCAGCUCACUUGGCAGAUGGAACAGCUGAUCUUAUUUUAGUUCGCAAAUGCUCCAGAUUCGAUUUUCUUAGGCACCUUAUCAGACAUACAACCAGCAAUAGUGAUCAGUUUGAUUUUCCAUUUGUUGAUGUUUAUCGGAUUAAGAGUUUUCACUUUACACCAAAACAUUUUGAAGAGGAAGAUGCAGAAAGCACUGAUUUGGGGAUCAUUGGCAAAAAGAACUUUGCUCAGAUUUGCACAGACCACCCCUCGUGUGGGUGCAAUCAACUGAACAGUUUGUGGAAUUGCGAUGGGGAAACUCUGGAGCAAACUGCCAUUGAAAUAAGGGUUCACUGUCAGUUGAUUCAAUUAUUUGCACGCGGCAUUGAGGAAUCUUCAAAAGAAGAAGAUAAAAACCCAAGCAGAGUUUAGAUGGAUGUUUGGUGCAUUUGCCAGCUGUUAUGUGGUGUUUUUGAUUAUUUAUUUUACAUUUAGAUAUCACCUACUUUGAAAGAAUGUUGUGGAACGUAAUUUAAAAAAGAAAAAAAAAAUCUGUAAUGUAUUGUAAGGUUAAAGUCGAUAUAAUUUAUAGUGAUUUAUUAACUAAUUCUCAUUUUGUGGCAUAGUUACAGCACUCAUUGUGUAGCCUUAAUAUUUGCUCCUAGUAUACUUUGAGGUGUUUCUAAAAUGGUUGCUUUUUCUUCUAGAUUUUGCAAAUUUACAUAUAUUUAUGUACUCAAAAUAUAAGCAUAGGCAGUUUUGAUGAUGGCUAUAG